AUGAAGGCGUGGCCCAGACGGCUCCUUGUACCUAACUUCUCACACUCGGAAAACAUGAAGGCCUUCGUUGCCGUCCUGGGCCUGCUUGCCCUCUGCGUCUAUGCCUCGGCUGAGCUGGCGCCGCUGCACAAGGCCGUUUCCGGCCAGGCUAUUGCGGACGAGUACAUCGUCCUCAUGAAGCCCGACAUGCUCCACGAGGAGUGGGAGGGUUAUGUGAGCGACAUGACCAGGCUUUUCGCCGCCGACGUCGAUGGCGAGGUCCUCAACACCUGGAUCAUUGGCAACUCCUUCAAGGCGCUCCACGUCAAGACCUCCUCCUACGCUGUCCAGUUCCUCAGGAGCCACCCCGCCGUGGAGCUGAUCGAGGAGAACCAGGUCCGCACUCUCCAGGCCUGCCGCUCCGAGAGCGGCGCCAUCUGGAGGAUUGAGACCCACGCCAUGUCGGGUGUCAACGGCAAGUACACCUGGGACCAGACCGCCUCCAGCGUCGACGCCUACAUCAUCGACACUGGUAUCCUGACGACGCACCAGGAGUUCGCCGGUCGCGCCAUCUGGGGCAACAACUUCGCCGGUGACCGCAAGGACACCGACUGCAACGGUCACGGCACCCACGUCGCCGGUACUGUCGGCGGCACCACCGUGGGCGUGGCCCGCGGCGUCACCCUGAUCGCCGUCAAGGUGCUCGGUUGCGACGGCAGCGGCACCGCGGCCGGCGUCAUCUCCGGCAUUCAGUGGACCGCCGAGAACGCCCGCAAGCGCGGCCGCAAGUCGGUGGCCAACAUGUCGCUCGGCGGCGGCUACUCGUCGGUCGAGAACCGCGCCGUCGCGGCCGUGGUCGACGCCGGCGUGCCGUUCGCCGUCGCCGCCGGUAACGAGGACCAGAACGCGUGCAACGUGAGCCCGGCCUCGGAGGCCAAGGCCAUCACCGUGGGCGCCACCUACUUCACCGGCGGCCUGGGCUCCGGCCAGGACAUCCGCGCGUCGUUCUCCAACUGGGGCACCUGCGUCGACAUCCUGGCGCCCGGCCAGGCCAUCAAGUCGGCCUGGAUCGGCUCCAACAGCGCCUACAACACCAUCUCCGGCACGUCGAUGGCCUCGCCCCACGUGUGCGGCGUGGCUGCGCUGAUCUUCGGUGCCCACCCGUCCUACUCGGCCGACGCGGUCAAGUCCAAGAUCCUGGCCGACUCGACCUCCAACGCCAUCGACCUCAAGUGCACCAAGAGCGGCUGCUCGAGCACCCCCAACAAGCUGCUCUACACCGCCCCGUGCUAG